CUGGGUUGAAACCGUCACCCGUCUGCCUGCAUAUAAAGGAAACCCCGACGAUCUUUAUGCAUCUCUGCCUACCAGACUUGUGCAGUAUGUCUCAUUCACGCAACACGUGUUCCUCUAUUUUAGCUUUCUUUCUGCUCCUUAGCAGGAUUGACAGUUUAGUCUUUGGAGAACUCGACUUGGACUUCUCCAAGUGCCGUGAUUUUUUUUAUAAGAAAAUGCCACCAAAGGGUCUAAAUGGAGUGGGAUACCAGUCUAUAUGCCAGCGUUUUGAAAACCAGUACCGAUUUGCCAGCUUGUACCACCGUCAGAAUCGCACGCCUUUGUAUUCUGCGUACAUAAUCAGCUCUGCGGAUGGGAAACGUCCCAAUUCAACCUGGAUGUAUGAGCCACAGUUGGCAUUUUCCAACGCUGAGCCAGAAAUGAAACCAUUCGAUGACACACCACUGGAUCAGAAUGUUAUCGAAAGUCAAGCAGUGCUGCAGGACUACAAGAAUUCCAACUACACCAGGGGCCAUCUCAAUCCGAGCAUGCACCAGAAGACAAGUGAAGACCGUGCAGCUACGUUCACCCUGACCAAUAUUGUCCCUCAGAAAGCGGGCUCCAAUUCGGGUCCCUGGAAUUCCUUGGAGAAACAAGUGCUCAGGAAGUUCAAGGCCUUCUGUGAGGGCCCCAUGUAUGUUAUCACAGGGGCUUUGCCUUAUGCAAAUGGUGCUCAGUGGCUCAACAACAGGGUAUCUAUCCCGGAAUACAUGUGGUCUGCCUACUGCUGUCCAUUCUAUAAGGCCAAGCUCCCUCGGGAUGUGCGGCCCCUGUUUCCAACAUACGCCGCUGUUGGCAGAAACGAUCGCGACAGCGGUGAGGAGAUUGUGUCCGUGAACCCCAAAGCGAGACUCUCACUACGGGGCUACGAUGUGAGGAAGAUGCCCCUGCAAACCCUGGAGAGCAUCCUGGCACAAAGGCUGGCGAUGCCCAUCAGUUUGUUUGAUGGCCAGUGUCAGUAACUUUGCAUACUGUCUUCAUCUGGUUCUGUGGUUAUGGGCUUUAAUCAAUAAUGUAAUCAAAUUAAUCUCUUCUAUGUUGCUUAUCUCAAUAGUUUUUGAAUGUAACAUGACGGAAAAUUUGUUGUAGUUUUGAUCUUCCAAUAAAUCUGAGCUGCAAAGGGCCAAGUUAUUUUUUUCCCCCUACAUUUGUAUCCCACCCACUCCAUUGAUUUUCAUGAGCAACUGCCUAACCAUUUGUAUUGUGUAGUGUAUUUACUUAAGAUC